CGCCAAGAUUCCUCUGCGACAUUCCAUUCCUUACAGCCUCAAUCUCACAAUUUACUCUCGGUCUUGCAACAUUCGAGACUAGGUUAUAUUUCUGGGGAAGGAGAUACGAUACCAAAUUGGAAUACCCCUGACUUACGCGGACGGGAAUCGUUGAUCGCCUUCCACUGGUCUCCCUCCUUCGUGGCCGUGUCUCAUUCGUGUGGCCGACUUCGCUCCGCCUGACUCACCCUCACGCGAUCAUCUCACCGCAUCGCCAUCGCAUCUCCUUCAAUCAAAUCCCAUUCAGCCCCCCAUCACAUCAUACUCCCCCGUCACGUGAACUUGACCGUCCAUUGAUUUCAUCCUGCUGUCGUCCCUCAAUUGUUGAGAUUUUGCUUUUUUUUUCUUUUCUUUGUCUCAAAAGGAAAUUAGAAACGAAGGCUGAGGCUUCUAAGCUCCAUUGCCGGGUGCAAUGGAUCAUACAGUACUCGUCGAAUCUGAUAGCCCAUCAGAGACCGAUGAUCAGACCAAGAUCUGGGAGUCCGAUCCGCGCUCCGUAACAGCUCAUCUGGCGCAAGAGGAGGCCGACCAGCCUGCGCCCGUCGAGUGCGGUGCAAUUGGCCACCGCGUGCAAGCCAGUCGCUCGGUGCUGGCCCUCGUUCUCGACAAAGAAUGUGUUUUUGCCGGUCUGCAAGGCGGAGACAUCGUAGCAUGGUCUCUGGAGACCUAUGAGCUGGUGCUCUCAGUGCACGCCCAUCAGGAAAGUGUCCUUGAUCUGUACCUGUCCGAGGAUGGAGAGUUGCUCUUCUCUACGGGCGGUGAUUCUGUUGUCAAUGUAUGGUCGACGAGAACCUUCGACCGGCUGUAUUCGAUUCACUCCCACCACGAUGUCGGAGAUAUUUUUGCCGUCGCCUAUUCGUCGAGUUUGAAGACCAUCUACUGUGGUGCUCAGAACACCAGUAUUCAGUGGUGCGACAUCUCCCGAGCAGAUGCAGCGUCACAACGUUCUUCCGCGGCGCAACUGUCUAAGCGGACUCAUCGCUUCUUUGACUCCCGAGGUCCUGAUGGCUCGCGUGCGCCACGGCCGGGAGCUGAGGGGCCUCACUCGGUCAUGCAGGGGGGUCAAGUGCUGACUUUCAAGCGCGACCAUCAUAAGCUCUUUGCCCACCAUGGCUAUGUCUACAGCAUGCUUCUGGUAAAGGGUCUAGUGGAGUCGGCCCCGGAGGAAGAGGUGCUGCUCACUGGUGCCGGCGAUGGAGUGGUCAAAUUGUGGCGCUUGGAGCAGGACUCGGCCAACGCCGUUCCUUCUCAGAUUGCCAAACUGCAGAACGGCGAUUCCGUCCUUUCAAUCGCCGUGGAUGGUUCUUUCCUCUACUGCGGUCUGGCUGGCGGUGCGCUGAAUAUCUGGAACCUGGAUUCGCGGCAGCUGGUCAAGCGAAUUGCCAUGCAUACAGGCGAUCUGUGGGCGGUAGACAUCAUCCAUGGUGUUGCUGUGUGUGGUGACUCAAACGGUGUGAUUAAGAAAUUCAAUUCGAGGUUCGAGGAGAUUGGCAGCUGGGUGGCUCACGGAGGUACCAUGCUCGCGUCUGCUGCGGGUCAGUAUAAGGAUCGGUACAUCUACGCCAGUGGUGGCAACGACAAUACGGUCGGCAUCUGGGACGUGACGGAUGUAACGCGAGGCCAAGCAGAAAAGCCGCCGAUCAACAACGAUGAAAUGGUGAACUCUUUGGCCAAGUUUGUCGCCUACAAGACUGUCUCUGCCAGCCCCAAAUUCGCUGUCGAAUGUAACCAGGGCGCAGCGUUCCUUCGCCGACACUGCAUCUACCUUGGCGCGAAGACUAAUCUAUUAACCACAGGAGCAGACACGAAUCCUAUCGUCCAUGCUCGAUUCGAUGCUACGGCUGCAGACAAGGUUGACAAGACGAUCUUGUUCUACGGCCAUUACGAUGUGGUUGGAGCCGAUGCCAAUGCGGCCAAAUGGAAGACCGACCCGUACCAGCUCACCUCUAUCGAUGGGUUCCUCUACGGUCGCGGUGUAACGGACAACAAGGGCCCCAUCCUGGCGGCACUUUACGCGGCCGCGGACCUUGCUCGACAGAAGGCGCUCCGGUGCAACGUGGUCUUCCUUAUCGAAGGCGAAGAAGAGUCCGGAUCGCAAGGAUUCCACGAAACAGUCCGCAAGCACAAGCCCCAAAUCGGCUCCGUUGACUGGAUCCUUUUGGCCAACAGUUACUGGCUUGAUGAUCACAACCCAUGUCUGACAUACGGAUUGCGUGGCGUGGUGAAUGCCAACUUGAUUGUGCAGAGCGACCACCCUGACCUGCACAGUGGUAUCGACGGAAGUUCGUUACUGGACGAGCCCCUGAAGGAUCUCACCAUGCUUCUGGGCACUUUGGUUGGACCCAAGGGCCGGAUCAAUCUGCCUGGCUUCCAUGAACCUGUGUUGCCGCUCACCGAUGCGGAGAAACAGCGCUAUACCGCGAUUGCCGACAUCCUCCUGCCUCAUCACCCGGAAAUCACCGACAGCGACGCGUUCAUCAACUCACUCAUGCACCGCUGGCGGGAACCCUCGCUGACGAUCCACUCCAUUGAGGUGCCGGGGAGCAGCAAGAGCGCGACCACAACCAUCUCGCGCAAAGCCAAGGCCAGCCUCUCCAUUCGUCUGGUGCCGAACCAGACGGCCGACGAGGUGGCCACCAACCUGACCCUGUUUGCGCAGGAGCAUUUCGACCGCCUGGAGUCGCAGAACGACCUCACCGUCGAGAUCACGGGCAAAUCAGACCCCUGGCUGGGUGAUCCGGACAAUGAGAUGUUUCAGACCUUGGCCGACGCAAUUAGUGCCGCCUGGACUCCGGACACCACCACACAGAGACAUCAAUACCCACCCAUUCAAACCAUCCCCGAACGCACCCUUGAGGCCACCAAGCGGGCGAAGGAGCAGCAGCCGCGUCUCCAGCGAGUCGACUCGGAGGAUAGCCUGGCCUCUCACAUCGAUCGCAUUAUCAUGUCCACGACGAUUUCGUCGACUGGCAAGGCUGCCCACAAGCGGUCCUCGCUGAAUACCUCUGUGCCCACCUCGUCCACCCUGACCAGCAAGUCGGGCCCCACGCCGCUUGCUGCCGACGAGUCCGCGACCGGACAGCCGCCGCCGCCGCCGACGACGGCGACGACGACGACGCCACAGGUGGUUGACCCCAGUGAGCCGACCCGUGUGCGGCCAAUUUAUAUUCGGGAGGGUGGUUCUAUCCCCACGAUCCGGUUCCUGGAGAAGGAGUUCUCCGCACCGGCGGCAAAUCUGCCUUGUGGACAGGCCAGCGACAAUGCACAUUUGUACAAUGAACGGUUGCGGGUGGAGAAUUUGUAUAAAAGCCGGGAAAUCUUUGGAUAUGUAUUCUCACGGUUGCCGGAGAGGUUGUAGAUAGAAAGAUAGAUAGAUACCUUGAAUGAUCAUUUGGUGUUAGG